AUGUCGGGUGGCUCCCAGCCUCCUGCAGGCUGGUCUCCUCUUCAUAUUGCUGCUUCUGCUGGCCGGGAUGAGAUUGUAAAAGCCCUCCUGGUAAAAGGUGCCCAAGUGAAUGCUGUCAACCAAAAUGGCUGCACACCCCUCCACUAUGCUGCUUCGAAAAACAGGCAUGAGAUUGCUGUCAUGUUGCUAGAAGGUGGGGCUAAUCCAGAUGCGAAGGACCAUUAUGAGGCUACAGCAAUGCACCGGGCAGCAGCCAAGGGUAACUUGAAGACGGUUCAUGUCCUUCUGUUCUACAAAGCAUCCACAAACAUCCAAGACACUGAGGGUAACACUCCUCUACACUUAGCCUGUGACGAGGAGAGAGUGGAAGAAGCAAAAUUACUGGUGACCCGAGGAGCAAGUAUUUACAUUGAGAAUAAAGAAGAAAAGACACCCCUGCAAGUGGCCAAGGGUGGCCUGGGUUUAAUACUCAAGAGACUUGUAGAAAGUUAA